GAGCAGUGACCUUGCCAAUAAUUUCGUCAUAUUGUCAUGGAUGGUUUAUGUUUUCUUUGGUUUGUUGUUUUCAAUGUUGAUGUUUACAGUGUGACUUAAUUGUAUGAAUUUAGUAUAUGGUUGACGGUUGUCACAAUUUCACGUCUGUCGGCUGGGAAGCGAAAAUGAGAGUUUAACCUUUUAUUUGUUAUUGUCUGUUGAGUCCAGAACACCAAUCUCAGCCUCUGCGGUAUGAAUCAUGUAUUUCGAACAUACUGGGCUUAUAUCCAAACCGAACACACCACAUCGUAUCAUAAAAUAGAAAAUAACAUUUCUACAAGAUGUAGCCAAAAGUGGCUGUGAAUGUGGGAGACUAAUUAAUAGACUGAGCAUAACUCAAGAACGGUAAAUCGCAUAAUAAUAGUUCAUAGGUCAAAAUAAAUCGUAUAAUAGGAGGAACAUGAAUAUGCAUGAUUUAGCUACUUAACAAGUAUACAAUAAAAAUAUAUGUGUCGUAUUGGUCUUUAAAGAGUUCUCAAAAGUUGUUUAUUUUCAUUGUUGUUGAAUGAUAUUCUCAGAUCUAAGGGCAACACGACUUUUUCCGCGAAUCUAGAGACGCGUAAUUGAUAGUUUCACAUAUUGGAUGAGACGGGUUAAUUAGAAAAUACAACCAGAAGCAAUUCUUUCAGUGUGUAGUGACAAUUGUUGAAUGUCUAUUGAGACCACUAACCGAUCUAAAUUUGACAACUAUUGAAAACGUGGGAGCACUGAACAGCCGUUUCACCUCAUUGAGAAAUUGUGACCAGUGUGAGUAAUGUAUACGCAAAAGGUAGUGCAAGAUGGUCGCGCAAUGUCGCUAAUAGCUUGAAGUUAGACUUGCAGAUCAUUGAACCACGACUCAGGGGUCUAGGGGUUAAGUAUUUUCUUGCUAAAACUAGGGAUACGCACUUCCAGAGUUCUAUACUAGAACGAAACGCUCAUAUGGUGCUCCCAAGUUUUCGGUGGUUGUCUAACUUAGGUUCGUGAUUAGAAUUACAAUCCUUCCAGGUGACGCCACUUUCAUUGUUUUGUGAAAAAGUAGAAGGGAAUUACCUCAGAACCGCUACUGGCUUAUAUUGUGAGUCAUAUCUGCUAACGUCUUAACCCACUGUGUUGCACCAUCUCUCAGACCCCAACCAGGAGGUUGUGAUGGACUGAGAGAUGUCAAUCCUGUACAGAUCUCUUUCAUACCUCGGGACCAUACCACAUAAACCAACCGCUUCUCCACUUUUUUCAAUGGGUCCAAACAUCCUAGAAAUAGAGCACAGUUUGGAUACUCGUAUCAAAUGUCCGAGCCAUCGUGGUCGAUGUUUCAGGAUGGUGAAGCCAAUUGAAGUCAUUUUGACCGAACAUACGUUGCCAAACCUCUGCAUUAAUAACAUGGUGUUGUGAUUAUACGUAGAAUGAUCGCACCAGUCACGCUACUACUAGCACUCGCACAACUAAUCAGAUACACGAACUUUCUGAUUACUUCUAAUUGUUUAUCAAUAGGACUGAGUGCAGACACAGGCGGCUGUCUAUCUUGCAAAAGUACUUGCACUUAGAAGGCGCAAAGCACAUGCCAUACCUACGAACACUGAUUGUCACUUGAUUAAGUGCUGAUUGGAUGGCUUAAAUAUCUUCGCACAGUAAGACAAUAUCAUCAUGGUUGAAGAUCGGAAAUUCUUUCUCUAGGAAAUAGUUCCACACCAUCAUUACUUAUCUUCACUAGAGAUGUUUCCAGAAUGUCAUCAAUAAUGAAGUUGAGGAUGAAUAAAGAGAUUGAGCAACCCUCCUUAAUGUAACUGCUUGAACAGAAGAAGUGGUCGCAUGCUCCCACUCUGGCUGAGGUGUUUGUUCGUAUAGCGUUCAACAUGUUAAUCAACUUCUCAUGUACAGCCUUCUUUAACAGACAAUUCCAGAGUGCUAUUCUGUUUAACGAAUCAGUGGAGAGACUGGUAUCAAAAAACAAAAUGGUUGUUGGCCUGUAAUCAGCAUAGCUGUGCUUUAACAUUUGGUAGGGGAUGUAUGUAUAACCAAUGAAUCCACGACCAGAAUGAACUCCAGACUACUCCUUGCAAGUCAAUGUUUCAUGGGUCUUGGACGAUCUGUGAACCUGGUAACUCACGGUGGUUCGGAAGUUGAAGUUUCUUUCGGACUUUGGCAUCAUCAGGUAGAACAGCCAUCACCGGCCGUUGAGGAUAAGACAGUCUGAUGUUUUGAGCUGCAGACUAGAUGAACUGUCUCUUUAGGAACUCUGCCCAUCCUCCAAGACAUCGUUGGGCGCUAUUGACUAGCGUCUCGUCAGCUUUACAUUUCUUUUUUUAGCCCUACCGUCCAAACCGAAUUGGUGUAUAUGAUCACUUCCGCUCAGUCUUCAGGUCUAAAUUUGAAGUUGUUUUGCAGUCAUGUUUUGAAACGUCUCGUGUCAGUGCUUCCUGUAUACUUUUUGCGUUAUCUUUUUGGGUUUCUUGUCAUUUUGUUAUUUAGAUCAACUUGACGGUUUGCCAAUACGUGGUUUCUUAAAUGUGUUUUUUUCAAGCCACCUAAAAAUAACGGUUUGGCGACCUUUGCAAAAUAUAUAUUGUUUACAUAAUGGACUUCACAGUACCCCGAGCAUACUAUACAGAAUGGUGGAAUAUAAAUACACACCGCUGCAAUCAUAUCAACAGACCGCCUGUUAACCAGGAAAUGUAUGGCUAUGGUCGUUCUUUUGUUGCCGACUGGGCUCGUACUGGUGCUGUUAGCAUAAGUCAUGUCUCCGAUAAAUUCCAGGUAACUUAUUGCGUUCUGCAGUUGGUAAAUGAUAUACUCAGGAUAAUUUUGUGCUUUAUGUAUAUUCUUAUCAAGCUGAUCAGCUUCAUAGAUAUCUCGUUGACUCUAUAAAUAUUGAAUUGAAAGUCAAAUGUCCACGAAGCUGGUUGGUAAACUUCAAUAUUUUCAUAACCCUGUUCCUUUAUUACCAACACACUACUCAUAUUCAUUAUCAGGAACUAAUAAAUCUUCGUUUAAUUAUGAUCAACAACUCGAAGGAGAAGAAAGAGGAAAAAAUAAAAAACUGGUCGAUUCAUCUACUGUUCGGGAUUACGGUUAUGAACAGUUGUUGAACGAUUAUAUUCUAGGUGAACAGGCGUGUGCAGCAUUUUUAUGUGGUAAACUCCAAGGGUUAUUACGUGCCAAUAUUUCCAAGUUUAUGCAAAUCAGUCAUGAUAUCAAUGGGAGAAAUGAUGAUGUUAUUGUCGCCGGUGCAAAAUACAAUAGUAUUUCACAUAAUUUUAUUGAACAGUUAUUUGAUAUGUCUGAAAAAGGAUUGAAUGACUGUGAUUCAGUCGAUUCACAGAAUAAAUUGAUUAAAAGAAUACAAAAAUUAAUUGUUUCAGGCACAAAAUCAACAGAUUCUUUUCCUGGAUCUUUAUUAUCUUCACUUAAUCCAAAUUCUACCUCCGGGACUGCUAUUGUUGGUAACAACCAGCCGUCAACAAAACGACGCCGGCUAACAACAAAGCCAUCAAAAGCGACAAAGGCUACCGCUGUCGAAAUUGGUGAAGGUGUUGAUAUUAGUGCAUCUGGGAAAUCAGAACAGUUACUACCUUGUACUAUUGGUAGACUUCUCUAUCCAGCUCAUUCAUCAUUGUCCUCAUCCAUAUCGUCAUCAUCGACAACAUUGUGUGGGUCAGAUAAUUUAACACUUGAAUCUGACUAUAGUAGGCUAUUAGCAUCUUUUGAUCCAUUAGUUAUCAGAUUAGCAAGUCGAAUUGUAAAUCCGAAUUAUCUCGGGAAUGGUUUAUUAUGCAAUGUAAGGGCACAUAACUAUCAGUCGUCUACAAAUCAUUCUGACAUACUUUUAUGGCAUUCACUUCAAACAAAUUCCUUCUGUAUUGGCAAAACAUCGAAUCUGUUGAAAACUAAUAUUCAUGAACCAAAUCGUUUCUCAAUUAUUCCCAUUCCAUUGACAAAACUUUCAUCUAGAUCAUUUUGUGAGCUUGAUGCAUCUUUUAGUGAGUCAAGUGAGAAAAUCGAUAUAGUCGGUCGUUUAUUACCAACACCGGGCAGUAAGACAAAUGUUGUUCAUAUGCAAAUUAAGAUAAACGAACCGAACAUGUCUAACUCAUGUAUUGAAAACGUUAGUUUAAUACGUAUGUCAUCAAGUAAUUAUGUUACUAGUAUAUGCAUGAGUCGAUGGAUUCCAGGGGAAUGGUGUAUGGUCGGUAAUUAUCUGGACGGAAAAAGGGAUCGUAGAGCUAGUAUUCGGUUGUAUAAUUCAGAAGAUACUCGACUUCCUAUGUGGUCUGGUCACGUAAAUCUAGGCAAUUAUAUGGAAAAUAUAACAAAGGAAAACUCAUUGUGUUUGGAAAGUAUAGCAUCAUCGUCAUAUAAACAAGAUCCGGUUCAAUCAGAUAUUGAAUCUUAUUGUACAUGUACAUCACGGAAACAUCUUUUACACCAGCAUUAUCCCAACUAUCAUUGGUUACGUGUUGGAUUUGGAAGUUAUCCGGGUGAAUUGUGUCUGACAACCACACGUCGUAUCCUAAUUUUUGACACCCGUACAGCACCAUCAUGUGCUUACCAACUGUUCAACACUUCAGAACGCUCGUCUUUAUUAAAUUCAAAUGAUCAUAUAACAUAUUCCCCACCUAAGUGGAUCGGUGAUGUAUAUGUUUUAACUGGUGGUUACUAUAGUAUGGUUCUACUGGAUAAACGUAUGCCUAAUCGAACUGUAUUACAUUGGUCUCAUAAUCUUACAAAACCGUUGGCGUAUCUUACUUGGACCGAAAUAGAUAAGCAUUAUCGUUCAACGCAUGAUAUCCCACAAUUUCUUAUUUCUAUGACUUCUCAAUACCCCGCAGAUAUGUCUACAUUUGGAUUGAAUUUCAAUUCUUUCUCAGGUCCCCAGUAUAUUGGCCCGUGUCUAUCCGGGACGCCACUAACAAGUUUGGUUUCAUCAUUUCGAUCUAAUGAUCUCUUUCAAUUCUACAAUCAAAAUUCACUGCUUAAGCGACGUUUACAAAGUUCUAUUUGCGGAAUUACAACACAUUAUUCACCAGAUGAUACAAAAAAACAAUUUCAUACAUUGUUACUCACAUCAUAUGGAGAUCUAUUCGAUUAUUGUGCUUAUCUGACAUCAGAUGGUAUUAAUACUAAUGAUUAUGACAUUGUAGAAAGCUAUCAAGUCAAAAGUCAAACAAUUAUUACAAAUUGGUUAUCUGAACUUAGUUGCGAACCUGAGAAUAAACAGCAUGUUAAAAAUUCUGAAGAGAAUGCAAAGUUAUACAAACAGUCGGAGCUCAAAAAUCAUACAGGCACUUUAAACCUAAACAAUAUUGUUUCUGAACGGAGACAAAGUGUUGCAAAUAAAUUGAAUAACGAGUCUAUUGGAGAGGAAAGUACCACUGAUAGUAAUACUACUAAUAAUGAUUAUUUCACUUUAAAGCGUCGCUUAAAUACAUCAGAAUCAUUUAAUAAUAGUUCAAUGGAAUACUCAAAAUGGUUAUUAAGUGAUUUAAAAUCAAUAUGGGAUUAUGAUCAAGGUGACAAAUUAAAAUAUGAGGAUCAAAAUGCAUUAGGAUUCACUUCAAUGUUUUUUGAUAGUUUAACGGAAAAUCGUAUGCAAGAGGAAAUGAUUCAUCAAAAACUAAUUACUAACAAUGAUUUAAAUGAAUUAUUAGAUCAACGUUUAAUUAAAUUUAAAAAGUUAUAUAUUGCUAAUGCUUUUACUAAAUCUGUAGGCGAUUGUAAUGAGAGGUGGUCAUGUAUGUUGAGGCCAGUAUUGCCUGAAGAAUGUGUAACAUCGUUAUUUGGAUCUGAGUACUAUACUGCCGAAGAACUUUAAAAGUUUACUUAAUGUUUCGUACAUGUUAUAUAUAAAAAUAAGAUCUAGAAGCAAUUUAUUAUAUAUAUAUAUGUUGUACAUAACAAAGUGAAAAUAAAUGCACUUUUUUCUCUG